AUGAUCAAGGGGAUUCUGGUGAUCAAUAAUCAUGGCAAGCCUCGUCUAACGAAGUUCUACGAGCAUCUGCCUGUGGAGCGACAACAGCAGAUGAUAAGGGAAUGUUUCACUCUGAUCUCAAAACGUUCUGAUCGCGUCUGCAACUUUCUUGAAGAUGUCGGGGCGUGGUCGAAGGACACGAAGCUUGUUUAUCGCGUUUAUGCCACCCUCUACUUCAUCUUCGUCGUCGAUGGCUCAGAGUCCGAACUUGGAAUUCUUGACCUCAUCCACGUAUUCGUUGAGAGUUUGGAUCACGUUUUCGAGAACGUCUGUGAGCUGGACUUGAUCUUCCACACCGACAAGGUUCAUCAUAUCUUGGAUGAAAUCGUGAUGGGCGGGAUGGUGCUGGAGACUAAUCUGCAGGAGAUUCUGACAGCGGUAGGUGGAGUCGAUCAUGUUAGCAAGGGAAUGAGUGAUGAGCAGGUGAAGGAGCAGGAAGAGCUAGAGACCAAGGGGAGCAAAGUUGCAUCAGCCAAGUUGAAGCUGAAGAAUCAGCUGCGGUAA